UAAACAUUGCUUAAACCAAGAGCAGUUUAAUUUUUUAACGUCAUUUUGCACUAUAGCUAGCGUAUGCGUACUGCAAACAUCACUUAAGACAUAGAUCUAUGAGGAUAAACUUAAAGCAUAUGAAAAUCCCACGAUGGACAAAGUUUUGGCCAUUUUAACACUAGUGUUUUUCGUUGUUUGUCUGCCUGACACAAUAGUCUGCCAGAAAGGUUUUAAUGCCACAAUUGAAGGCUAUGAGCGAGAUUGUGUCAACUAUAGUUGCCGCUACACUGGCAGAGUCGUGGCACGUUUUUAUGAUCCUAAUACAAACCCGGACCCCCCCAGGAUGGUUUACAUCCGAUAUUGUCCAUUAGGCUCGUGGUUUGCUUGCUCAGAAGUGUCUCGCCUUCCUCUAUUCUACUGCUUUGUCUUUAUGUAUCCAUGCCCAAAUCGCGACUGCAUCAAAGACAAAUACCCAUGCUACACUGAUUAUGGAAACCCGGCUCUCAUUAAGUUCUACCCUAACCCUAUGUAUAAUGCGUUGUAUCAUCUUCUGGUAGCAGAAAAAAAGAAGGGGCCGAUGGAAUUUAGGAUUUUACACUCAGGAAACAACAUAUUCAAUUCAACCAAACCGGCUGAUUGGAAUCCUGUGGUAAACUUUACUCUUGAAGAUUACCAAAAUAUAUUAUUUGAGAGUUCGACAAACGGUAAUGGCAAGAAAAAAUCAGAUUUCUUUGUCGCUGUGUUUGGAGUACUGCCAGCCUAUUAUCUGGUCUAUCAACUUCUUGCUAAAUAAGGAAACGUCUUUCAGAUCAACUUCUUGCUAAAUAAGGAAACGUGUUUCACAUCAACUUCUUGCUAAAUAAGGAAACGUCUUUCAGAUCAACUUCUUGCUAAAUAAGGAAACGUGUUUCACAUCAACUUCUUGCUAAAUAAGGAAACGUGUUUAAUAUAAACUUCUUACUAAAUAAGUUUAAAUUUUAAUUAGGUGUCAAUAGUGAAACAAUAGAAGAUCGUAAAUUAAAUUCAAAAUGCAUUAAAUUCAAAAUUAUUUUAGUCAUCAUUUGAUGAGUGAAACUACCCUAGAAUAUGUUAGUGAAUUAAACUUGAAGAAUGUUAAACAGAUAGCACAAAAAAAACAUCAAUAAAACGUUAAGUUUGUUAGGGCUACAUUAUGGUUAUUUAAUUUAUAUGUCGUAACUUUGCACAAAAUAAUUCAAAAUUUUUUUUCUAAAAAAGUAAGAUGUUAUUUUAAAUAUUUUUAAAAAAAUUGUAUGAUUAUUCAGGACAAACUUGGUAUCGUUAAUUUUCCAUCCAGUUUUAUUAAUAAAGAAUGCUAUUAUUAAACAAUUGCAU